GGGACGCGAUUCGAGGGGGACAGGGCUUCGGGUUCUGUCACGGGCGUGCGCACCGCUCUGGGUCGAAUAAAGCCCCAAGUUGAACACCCGUCUCCCCUCUCCCUUCACCCACCUUCUCCCGCGUCUUCCCACUUCCUGCCAUGCCUAGCGCGAAGAAACUAAAGGGCUCGCUCAAGAUCCCCAAGACGAGCGUGUCGUCGUCGCGCCAUAGCAGCGCGGGGUCGUCUCCUACGACGCCAAAGACGCCAAAGACACCCAAGACGCCCGCCGAUGAGGGUAUCGACUUCUUCGAGUCCGCAUUCAAGCAGGGGGAGAAGCCGAUCCAUGUGUAUGAACUGCAGUUGGAGCCGGACGGUGGGCCGAGCAAAGACCGAGCUUAUAUGCGCCUCCCUCCGGCGAUCACUCCGUAUGUCCUCCGUGUAUCACUAGAAGCUGGCACUCCUGCGUCGAAGAACGCUGUAUUCAAGACCAACUUCCCACUCGAUGGCGGCGUCUUCGCCCGCGAUCGCUUUGCCGAGCGAAAAUUGCCCACCAACUUCUCUAAACCUAUUCAUAUCAACUUGCCGAUCUCUCACGCCGGCGCGUUUGCCUAUUGGGUGGAGUACGACGGCGAGGAGCCGGGCACACGCGUCAAAGGCCGCGAAGGCUACUUCAACAUCGACCCCAUCCUCCGAACCAAGGCGCGGGCGCCCAUCAUCUCGAAGGACGGCAGCAUCUCUGAGAAAGGCGCCUCAGUGCAAUCAGACUACGUGAACUUGCCACUAGACGGCCUUUCGAUCCUCACGCUCGUCUCGAAAUGGAUGGGCACGAUCAAGAAUUGGCGCGAAUAUCUUGCAGAGAGCAGUGCGCGGGGAUACAACAUGGUCCACUGGACGCCCCUCCAGGAGCGCGGCGAGAGCAACAGUCCGUACUCGAUCCGUAACCAACUCGUCUACGAACCGACAAUGUUUGCGGGUGGGAAGAAGGAUCUUGGCUCGGACGGAGGCUUGACGAAAGUUGAGGAGUUGCUCAGGAUCGCGAGAGAUGAAUAUGGGCUGCUCAGCCUUACGGACGUUGUCCUCAAUCACACCGCAAACGACAGUCCAUGGUUACUUGAACAUCCCGAGGCCGGUUACAGCCCUGCGAACACCCCUCACCUGACCCCCGCACUUGAGCUCGACGACGCUAUGAUACGCUUCUCAAAGGGACUGGCCUCCAAGGGCCUACCUACCAUUGUUAGCUCCGAGGCCGACAUCGACCAGCUCAUCGGCAGCUUCCAAGACUACAUCCAGGAGCUCAAUAUGUGGCAAUAUUACGUCCUCGACGUCAAGAAAGAGCGCGAAUCCGUUCUGACUGCGCUCAUCAGCCAGAACGCAGCGGCUUGGGACGGUCCAGACGUCGUGCACAAGUCUGUGGCGGAGCUGGCAGAAAUUGUCCGCGCGUCUGGGAAGGUGCAUGGGUUGAGGAAGAUGGAGAAGAAGUUCGGGACAUACGCUGAUGGCGCGGUUGCGGCUGGCCUUGUAAAGGCGGCGUUUGUGGACCUUGGGAACGAUGCCACCGCACUUGCGGACGCGUGGGCGAGGGUCGUGGACGUGCUGAACGUGCCUUUGUAUGAGGAGUGCAAGGAGGACACUCGAGUUGCUCUGGACAACAUCAAGAACAGACUGAGGUACACUCGCCUGGACGACCAUGGUCCGAAGAUGGGCCCUAUUACCGAACAGCUGCCACUUGUGGAGACGUACUUCACCCGUUUGCACUUGCAAAAGAAGAACACUCCCCUCGACCCAGUCAAGUACUCCGUCGCAAAUAACGGCUGGAUCUGGAACGCCGACCCCCUCUCCAACUUUGCGCUCCCGCCGUCCAAGGCGUACCUGCGCCGCGAGGUCAUCGUCUGGGGCGACUGCGUGAAGCUGCGGUAUGACGAGUCGCCCGAGGCAAACCCGUGGCUUUGGGAGCAUAUGAAGACGUACGUCACGUCGCUUGCUAAGACAUUCUCGGGCUUCCGCAUCGACAACUGCCACUCAACCCCGCUGCAUGUGGGUGUGUACAUGCUCGAUGCGGCGCGCGUGGUCAACCCGGACCUGUACGUGUGCGCAGAGCUAUUCACUGGCAGCGAAGAGACGGACAAGCUGUUUGUGAGCCGGUUGGGACUGAACAGCCUGGUUCGGGAGGCGGGCAACGCUUGGGACCCGAAGGAAUUCUCGAGGUUGCUGUACAGGCACGGUCUGGGAAAGCCUCUUGGUUCGAUGGACAUCGCUUGCGUGACCAGCAAGGAAGAAUUGCCGCCUCCGACAAGCAAGGGACCCACCCGUCCCUGCAUCGUCAUCCCGCACAAUGGGUCCGUCCCGCACGCACUCUUCUACGACCUGACGCACGACAACGAGACGUACCUCGACAAGCGGUCCGCGGAGGACGCGCUCUCGACAGGGGCGCUCAUCACGUUCUCGUACUCGGCCAUCGGGUCGGUGAAGGGCUUCGACGAUCUAUACCCGAAGCUCCUCAACCUGGUCGCAGAGAACAGGAAGUAUGAAGCGACGGGACUAGGAGAGAAGAGCGGGAUUGCGAAGGCGAAGAGAUUGUUGAAUUCGCUGCACACGGAGAUGGCGCUUGGAGGGUUCGAAGAGGGGCACGUUCAUCAGGAGAACGAUUACAUCGUCAUGCAUCGCGUACAACCUUCGACUCAGAAGGGAUACCUCCUCGUCGCGCAUACAGCCUUCUCCAAAGGGUCGAAGGAUCGCGGCCAUAUUAACCCGAUUAAACUUCGUAGCACCAAAGCCAAGUUCAUCUACGGUGCCCACAUCGACAUUCCUUCGUAUGAAGUCAGCAAGGACUCGAUGACUCUGAAGGGCCUCGCCGGCAAGCUGGUCGAGAUGCCUGCCGUAGUAGCCCCGCAGGGCCUGGAUGGCGAGGGGCCCUACGGCGAAGUGAUCGUUCCCGAGUACUUUCCGCCUGGCAGCUUCAUGGUCUUCGAGACUCAGGUCCAAGGUCUUGACCAGUCCCUCGAUGCCUUCUGCGCUUCGGGUGCAGAAGAGGCGUUCGCGGACCUGGACCUUGUCGAUCUGAACGUCAUGUUGCAUCGCGCGGACGGCGAGGAGCGGGAUGCGACCGGAGGCGAGAUUGGCACGUACGCUGUCCCGGGUAUGGGUGGCUUGGUGUAUUGUGGUUUGGAGGGAUGGAUGUACCCGCUGCGCCAUAUCAUGCGGUACAACGAUCUCGGACACACUCUCUGUGGUCAUCUGCGCGAAGGAACAUGGGCGCUGGAAUACGUCCAUUCGCGAUUGUCGAAGCAAACUGACACAUUCCCCAACUUGGAGAAGCCCGCGCAAUGGUUCAAGGUACGCGCAGAGCGCAUCAAGGAGAGCGUCCCUCCUUUCCUGCGACCGAAGUACUUUGCCAUCGUCAUCUCGGAGGCGUACAAGGUCGCCCGCCGGAUGGCCAUCGAGCAAUGCUCCGAGUUUGUCUCGGCGGGGCACUCGUUCACCCAAGAUCUUGCGCUCUGCUCGAUCCAGAUGCAUGGCAUGGUCAAAUCUGCGUCGCUGGACCCUGGAAAGCCUACUCCGUCCCUGGCAGCUGGACUGCCUCACUUUACUGCCGGCUGGGCGCGAUGCUGGGGUCGCGAUGUUUUCAUCUCACUUGGAGGACUGUUCUUGACCACGGGGAACUUUACUGGCGCGAAAGCGCAUAUAUUGGCCUUCGCGUCGACGCUCAAGCAUGGGUUGAUCCCGAACUUGCUGGACUCCGUUCGCAACCCGAGGUACAACUCUCGCGACUCUCCGUGGUGGAUGGUUCAAAACAUCCAAGACUACGUCAACAGCGCCCCAGACGGCCUCGCCAUACUAUCCGAGCCCGUGAAGCGCCGCUUCCCCAAGGAUGAUACUUGGGUAUCGUGGGACGAUCCUAGGGCGUACGCUUACUUCAGUACGGUUGCAGAGAUCAUCCAGGAGAUUCUCCAGCGUCAUGCCGAUGGUAUAUCCUUCCGCGAGUACAACGCCGGUCCCAACCUCGACAUGCAAAUGAGUGACGCGGGUUUCAAUAUCGACAUCCGUGUAGACUGGGAGACGGGUAUCAUUUUCGGGGGCAACGAGCACAACUGCGGAACGUGGAUGGACAAGAUGGGCGAGUCCGUGAAGGCGGGUACGAAGGGAAAACCGGGAACGCCUCGUGACGGCGCGCCUGUGGAGAUUACUGGCUUGUUGAAGAGCACGCUGAGGUGGCUCGCACAGCUGUCGACUCAGGGCAAAUUCCCGUUCAAGGGGGUCGAGGCUGAGAUCGACGGAAAGCGGCGGUUGGUCACGUACAAAGAAUGGGGCAAUUUGCUGCAGACUUCGUUCGAAGCUUGUUAUUACGUUCCACUUGAUCCCGCUGACGAUGCAAAGUACAACGUCAACCCCAGCAUCAUCAACCGCAGGGGUAUCUACAAAGAUGUCUAUGGCUCCGGACCUGGUAGGGAGUGGUCAGAUUACCAGUUCCGACCGAACUUCGCAAUUGCCAUGACGGUCGCCCCCGAACUCUUCGACCCCGGGCAUGCUCUGUACGCGCUCGAAUUGGCUGACCAGGUCUUGCGAGCGCCGCUCGGCAUGAAGACAUUAGAUCCACAUGACAUGCAGUACAGGCCGUAUUACGAUAACUCGACCGACAGCGAUGAUCCGGCUACUGCAAAGGGACGCAACUACCACCAGGGCCCCGAAUGGGGUUGGCCACUCGGGUAUUUCUUGCGCGCGUACCUCUACUUCGAUGUCCUCGUCGGGUCGGGCAAGACAGACAUCACUGAAACUCUUCAUCGGCUUCAUCGCUACGUCCUUACAUCCCGCCGUCACAUACUGAACGAUCCUUGGGCGGGACUGCCUGAGUUGACAAAUAAGGACGGCCAGUACUGCCCCGACUCGUGCAACACGCAGGCAUGGAGUGCAAGUACCCUGCUGGAUUUCUUGGAAGAUGUGCACAAGUUGAGUGAGGCAAAGAAGUAAAUGCAUAUACAUGGACAAAGGGUUCCCCCACUUGCAAAGCUCUUGUAUCCAGGCUCUGUACCUACUACAUUGUUCACACUGUACCAUUCAUCACCAUUGGGUACUU